ACAGAAUCACCAAAUGUCAGCGUUUUUUUUCUUUUCUCGAUAAAAGAAGGAAAAGUGCUUUGAACAAGAAAUAAGGUGUGGUUGAAAAACAUAAAUUUACUAUUAGAUUAAUGUGUUAACUUAAGUAAAAGUUGUUAAGAAUCAUUAUUAAAGUAUUAAAGUUGAAUAUAAAAGCAGCAGCAUAAUGGCAGGACGUCUACCGGCUUGUGUGAUCGACGUUGGCACAGGCUAUACAAAGUUGGGCUAUGCUGGCAAUAAAGAGCCACAAUUCAUAAUACCUUCGGCUAUUGCUAUUAAGGAAACAGCACGAGUGGGAGACACCAAUACACGACGCAUAACAAAGGGUGUUGAAGAUUUAGAUUUCUUUAUUGGCGAUGAAGCAUUCGAUGCUACUGGUUAUUCGGUGAAGUACCCAGUACGUCAUGGUUUGGUGGAAGACUGGGAUUUGAUGGAACGUUUUCUAGAGCAAUGCAUUUUUAAAUAUCUGCGCGCCGAACCGGAAGAUCAUCAUUUCCUCUUAACUGAACCUCCGCUUAAUACGCCAGAGAAUCGCGAAUAUACCGCAGAGAUAAUGUUUGAAACAUUCAAUGUUCCUGGUCUCUACAUUGCUGUGCAGGCCGUACUUGCUUUGGCCGCUAGUUGGGCUGCCAGACCGGUGGAAGGACGCACAUUAACAGGCAUUGUUGUAGAUAGCGGCGACGGUGUGACACACGUUAUUCCCGUGGCUGAAGGCUACGUAAUUGGUUCUUGCAUCAAACAUAUUCCCAUUGCUGGUCGCAAUAUCACCUCGUUCAUACAAAGCUUAUUGCGUGAGCGUGAGGUUGGCAUACCGCCUGAACAAAGUUUAGAGACUGCCAAAGCAAUUAAAGAAAAGCACUGUUAUAUUUGUCCAGACAUUGCCAAAGAAUUCGCCAAAUAUGAUACGGAGCCAGGCAAAUGGAUACGCAACUAUACGGGUACUAAUGCGGUGACAAAAAAUCCAUUCAGCGUAGAUGUUGGCUAUGAACGUUUCUUAGGACCUGAGAUUUUCUUCCAUCCCGAAUUUUCAAAUCCCGAUUUUACCAUUCCACUCUCGGAAAUUGUUGAUAAUGUUAUACAAAAUUGUCCGAUUGAUGUACGACGACCUCUAUACAAUAACAUCGUUUUAAGUGGCGGUUCGACUAUGUUCAAAGAUUUCGGCCGUCGUCUGCAGCGCGAUAUCAAACGAUCGGUUGAUACGCGUUUACGAAUCAGCGAAAACUUAUCAGAAGGCCGCAUUAAGCCAAAACCAAUCGAUGUACAAGUCAUUACACAUCAUAUGCAGCGAUACGCAGUGUGGUUUGGUGGCAGCAUGUUGGCAUCCACGCCUGAGUUUUAUCAAGUGUGCCACACAAAGGCUGCUUAUGAGGAAUACGGACCGGGCAUUUGUCGUCACAAUCCUGUAUUCGGCACCAUGACAUAAUCAUGUAUUAUUAGACUGUGCUCACAGAAUUGUUUUCCUCCUAACAUGCAAUUUAUAAGUUUCCGCUAUUAUUAUUAUUUUUUUUUUUUUGCUAUAUACAUAUAUACGUUUGUAGUGCAAUUUAGCUGCUUGGAAACUCACUCGCGUUCAAUUGUCGUAAAAUAAAACAGUUGAUAUUGUAGCUAAGUUGUAGAACUGCACAUGGUAUGUAAUACUUAAAGUCAAUAACUAAUGUUCAAGCUGCAUUUUUUUUGUAUUAUUAUUAUUAUUAAAGAAAUGAGUCUUAUUAUGCAAAUAAUAUAUGUAAUUAUUUUAAUAUUGCCAACGCAUUUACAAGGCGAUGUUGACAUUUUUAUACAUAUGCAUACAUACAUAUUGUAAAGCAUUAUCGAGAGCAGAGGUUUGAGGAGUUGAUGUUUUCCAACGAAAUAUGUUUUAUUGCUCAACCUUACUGUUUCGUACUGUGCAAGCAUUGUAUAUGCGUUUCUUAUAAUAUAACUAUAAUUCCAUUAUUAAUAUAAAUUUUCUUUUUAUAUGUUCAAAUAUUAAAAUCAAACAGUAUAGUAUGGAAAAAGUAUAUAAUUAAAUAUUUAACAUUUUGGCCAAUUACAAUAAAAUUAAAACUAUUGAAGAAUGCAAGUGCGUAUGUAUGCACGGGAAACAUAUGUAUGUGAUUCUUUAAGAGAAUUAAAUAAAAAUCCACAUAAAUGAAAAAUUACUAUA